AUGGUAUGUCUCGUCAUCAGUAGCCAACAUCUGGCACGGAGGCAGAUUCCAAGAUAUGCCAAACUUUCACUCACCGCAACAGCGAUCCGAACUUUGACGGCUGCAGUCCCUCGCUCGAGUCCGUGUCCGAUUCCUAUCCCAUUCCCGAGUCUUCGACAACAUAUCUCGCAUUACGGGACCGAUACUCGAAGAGAUGAUCCGUACACCACCUGGCGAUCCAGCCCAGGACACACGUCCGCUUCGGACACGAUAUACGCGUUAUCCAGCGCCCCAGGCCGAGCAGCAAUAGCAGUAAUCCGCCUCUCCGGACCGGCAUGUCUAGACGUUUAUCAAAAGCUAUGUCCGGGGCGACCACUCCCCAAACCGCGCACGGCAACGCUGAGGAAACUGUACCGACCGGAAAACAAUGAUUCCGAACCUCAACCGCAACCGCACCCGCAACCGGUCCCGCUCCCCGACAGCGACCGCAUCCUCGACACCGGCGCUCUGGUGUUAUAUUUUCCCGCGCCGAACAGCGUGACGGGCGAAGACGUUUUGGAGUUUCACGUCCACGGCGGCCCGGCGAUCGUGCGGUCUGUUUUUGACGCCAUAUCUGCGUGUGGUGCAACACCAAAAAAUGGGAGUGGCAGCGAUCGUGGUACCGCCAGCGACAGUGUCAACGGUAGUGCCGGCAACAGGAUUCCAAUCCGUCCCGCCGAACCAGGCGAAUUCACAAAACGGGCAUUCUAUAACGGCCGGGUCGACCUAACCCAAGCCGAAGCGCUAGGCGAAACCCUGGCAGCCGAAACAGAACAACAACGACGUCUUGCCGUCAACGGCACAGACGGUGGCGCUGGCGGUGGCCUAGCUUCGCGAUACGAAUCAUGGCGCAAGAUGCUAUUAUACGCCCGUGGCGAGAUGGAGGCCCUGAUUGAUUUCUCCGAAGACCAGCACUUUGACGAGUCACCGACACAAUUUAUGGCGUCGGUCGCGACGCAAGUCGAGGCCCUAAAAAGGCAGAUUGAAAUACAUAUCACGAAUGCCAAUAAGGGAGAAUUGCUGAGGAAUGGGAUUAGCGUUGCGUUGUUGGGUGCUCCUAAUGCGGGUAAGAGUUCGUUGUUGAAUCGCAUUGUGGGGAGAGAGGCUGCGAUUGUUAGUGCGGAGCCGGGUACGACGAGGGAUAUUGUUGAUGUUAGUGUUGACUUGGGUGGGUGGUUGUGUAGAUUGGGCGAUAUGGCUGGGUUGCGUGGUGGCAGAAGGGUUGGGGGUGAAACCACAGCAUCAACCUCAGCUUCGAACCCUUUUUCUGCAUCGGAUUCGGGAGGGCGAAGUCAGUCUACUACUACUACUCCCUCAGCGGUGGUAGGCCAAGUCGAGCAAGAAGGAAUCCGCCGCGCCCGCGAGCGAGCUUUACAAUCCGACGUUGUGGUGGUGUUGCUUGCGGUCGGGAAGAAGACAAGCUCAACCUCCAAUGCCGGUGACCACUCGUCGUCGUUUGACUUCGACGUUCCUAUCAACGACGAAGUUGCCGAAGCAGUGGCCGACUGCCAUGCAGCCGGCAAGACGAUCUUGGUGGUUUUGAAUAAGGUCGAUUUGCUGGUGCAGCACCAAAAACAGUCCGAUUCCAGCCACAGCCACAGCCACACCAUCGAAGGCUUCUUACGGAGAAUCCGUGCCCGAUUUCCAAUGGUUCCCGAGCAUCGGAUCUGCAUGAUCUCUUGCAGAGCAGCCGACAUGGAAGUGGAAGCGAUAGCAACCACGGCUACGACAACCAUGCCACUAUGGGCACAAUCCGACCCCGGCGGUAUUCAGUCCUUCCUCGCACAGUUGACAGGUGCAUUCAAGGAUUUGACAUCUGCCACCACCUCCUCUGGCGGCUCCCUCGACGAUUCUUUAACUCCCGCUGAAGCUCAGUCGUACUGGACAGCCUCUCUAUCCGUCACGCAUCGGCAGAGCAUGUAUCUUCGGCAAUGUCUGAUGCAUCUUAAUGACCUUCUUGACCAGUGUCAGCAGUGUCAGCCUCCUCAGCCCACGCAAGGAGGACCCGAGGAGUCUCUGCCUCCGCCCUGGAGCGACGUUGAUGAUGCCAACUACAACAACUACCUGAACGGCAGCACCAAAACUCAUGAUGUUGAUGUUGAUGUUGAUAUUGCUCAUGCCCCGCAACCCUCGAGCGCCUCUCUUCAAGCCAGUCCCAGUCCGCUUAUCACCGAUGAUAGCGUCGAUAUCGUUACGGCGGCAGAACAUCUGCGCUUCGCUGCCGACUGUCUGGCCAAAAUCACCGGCAUAGGCGAAGGUGGUGAUGUGGAAGAUGUACUUGGAGUCGUCUUCGAAAAGUAA